AUGGCAGUAACUUUCGAUGGCAUGGACUGCAUAGCUGAUCUGACCAGUGACGCAUUUAUGGCAGCUUAUACAGCGUCUCAAACAGAAAUUCCAUGGUUGAGUCAAUUUAUAUAUGCAAAAUACACAGUAUAUUUUGGAGUAGUUGUUGUGUUUCUUGCUACCAUAAAAAAUGUUUGGUUUAAGUAUACUGAUAAUAAAUAUAAGACUAAAAAUUCUAGAGAAUCACUUGAACCAGGAUAUCUUGGAUCUUUUAUUGCUGUAUUGACGUCAUUUUCAAGAUGUAUUGGAUACAAACCAAUAAAUGUAUCAAUCAGUAAAUACUUGGGCCUCCCUGCCACCUCGGGAUCCUUUUUAUUUGUUGUUGCUACCACUGCAUAUUUAGCAUGUUAUAGUUUUAUACCUCACUAUUGGUAUAGAGGCUGCGCGGGCUUUGGAUCUCCUCCGAUUGCCGUUAGAACUGGAGUGAUGGCCACUGCAUUAAUCCCAUUCGUGUAUGUUUUAAGCGGAAAAACAAAUACAAUAACUUUAUUAACGGGUAUUUCAUAUGAAAAAUUGAAUAGUCUCCAUCAGUUUAUUGGUGUAGCAUGCUUUGUGUUAUCAGUUAUUCACACAAUCCCUUUCAUUUACCAACAUUUUGCUGAAGGAGGAGUAGCAGCCGUUGCCGUCAACUUCAAAACGUUUUCAUACUACAGUGGAAUACCGCCUAUAAUCUUUUUAGGGAUUCUAUGUUUCGGUGGAAACUCAAUAGUUCGUAAGUACUUUUACGAAGCAUUUUUACACUUGCACUGGAUCUGUGGAAUUGCAUUUUUUGGUACUACAGUUUGGCACAUUGACAAUACAAAUGGAAUGUGGGAUUAUAUGUGGGGUGCUUUGGCUUUUUGGAUGGCACAGUUGAUUUAUAGAGCUCUCGUUAAAACAUGCUUUAGGCCAAAUGCAUUAUUUAUGAGGGCUAGACCUGCCCAGCUAAGAAGACUUGAUUCGAGAACAUUUGAAGUAUCCGUCACCAAUAUCGCCGAUAUGAAAUGGAGUCCUGGACAACAUUGCUAUUUAAGAUUUGCUGGAUCAAGAAUUUUAGAUAAUCAUCCCUUCUCAAUUAAUUCUAUAUCCAAUGAAGAUCAGAAACAAUCUAAUGAGAUGAAGUUUAUCAUAAUUCCCAAGAAUGGUUUGACUCGAGUGUUGCACGCCGAAUUAGAAGAAUCAAUAACAUCUAAGAAAAAAGUCUUCUUAGAUGGACCUUAUGGGGGAUGUCCUAGAGAACCAUUAAGUUUUGAUAAUCUUACCAUGAUAAGUACAGGAAGUGGAGUGACUGUAACAUUACCCUUUUUGGAACAUGCAGCACACAGCAUUGCUAAAGCCAACUCUAAUUCUGUCCCUAUUCCAUUAAGAGAUGUCCAUUUCAUAUGGAUUGUUCGCUACCAAGAAAAUAUUGAAUGGAUUAAAGAGGCAUUAGAUAGAGCUUAUGAAUUGGCAGGUGAAUAUAUAACGAUUGAUAUAUAUGUUGCAAACAGAGGAUCUGCAAAAGGAUUGAAUGACUUUGAAGAAAUUCGUUAUGAAUCUAAGUCGCCCUCGAGUCAAGAAAAGGCUAUGGAAUCGACAUUUGAAGAUAGUCAUUUAAUUUCUAAGGGAUUCAAUAUUUACUUUGAAAAGCCAAACUUGUCGGAUAUUUUGAAGGAUUCAAAAAGGUUCUUGAAGAGAAAGAAUAUGAUUGUUUCGUCCGGUAGUGCUUCUAUGAGACGUGAAGUUUGUUCUGGUGUUUCUUCUUUACAAAGUAUGAUUUUCAAUGCUGAUUUAGCUAAAAGUAGAACUCCCGUAGAAGAGAUUUACCUUCACACAGAAGCAUUUGGUUGGUUCUAG